UACCCCAAAUCGGAAAAUAUGGUUUCGUCAAUGAUUUCGAUCAAGACGGUGCUAAUCUCCACCGGAAUCGCCGCAGUGUCUCUGUUUCUGAAGUCCUCUGUUCCUAUCGCAGUAGACUUCUCUGUAUCACGAUUCCCAAUCUUCUGGAGUUCCUUUCUCUCGUGGCUGAAACCGCCGUACCUCUUCGUCGUCAUCAACAUCAUAAUCACUAUUAUUGUAGCUUCUUCCAAGUAUUAUCAGAGCAUUGGUGACGGUGAAGACGACGAGACUUUAACCGGUGACGAAUUUACGAUUCAGAAUGUCAUCAGCCAAGCUCCUCCGCCACUGCUGGAAGUGACGGAUGUAGAUCUGGACGCUGAUUUCGAUUUUGCGGCGAUGAUUCCUUCUCCGAUACUCGUUGCGGAGGUGGAGAGAUCGGAGGUUGUGUAUAAAGAGAAGGAGGAGGGACUGAUUAACGGUGGAGAUGAGUUUAUUGUGUUGGAAGAAUCGGAGAAUCUCCCUCCGGCUGAGAAACCACUGGCCUCGGUUAGAGCCAGCCACCGGAAACCGGUCAAAGCGAGUUCAAAAGGCGUUAACAGAAAAAAGGCGUUGAGAGUGGUGAAACCGAAGCGGCACGAGACACUGGAGAACACGUGGAACAUAAUAACGGAGGAGGGGAAAUCAACGCCGUUGACUAGUCAUUACCGGAAAACCAGUAUGUCCGGACUUGACGCCGGCGGCGAUGUAAAACCUGUCUUGAGGAAAGCAGAGACUUUCAGGGACGUUACUAAUUAUCGACACUUGUCUCCGACGGUGACGUCGCCGGUGAAGAUGAAGAAGGAGAUGUCGCCGAGUAGGGAGGAGCUGAAUCGAAGAGUGGAAGCGUUUAUCAAGAAGUGUAAGGAAGAGAGAUUGGAGUCGCUAAAAUUGGAGAAAAAAGUGGCUUAAUUAAACACGAGAUUAAUUAGCUUUUUGUCUUAAUUAUAUAUUAAUCGUUUUUUACUACUAUUUAAUUGUCUUUUCUUUUUCCAUGGUAAUGAAAAAAGGAGAUUUAAACCAUAAUAGAUAUAAUGAGUUUAA